AGCACUUUUGUUCCUAAAAUAAAUUAUGACGAGACUAGGGAGGUUUUAUUAAAGCAAAAACAAGCGGUAAAAGAAAAAAUCGCGCAAACAGUUAUUACUCCCAUCAUCUACCCAGGUUUACAAUGUUUCAAAAACGGAUCAAAAUCAAUAGACCCAAUGUCUGUACCGGGUAUUAAAGAAUCCGGUUGGACUCCAGAGUUGGAAAGAAGAGCAAAAGAAACGGCUAAAUACAAGGCAUGUUACCUUACCAUGUUGAAAGUUAUGGAAGAUUUAGAGAAUCAUAAAAAUGCUUGGCCAUUUAAACUUCCCGUUGAUCGUAUUACUGUCCCAGAUUAUUAUGAUAUCAUCAAGGAACCCAUGGACUUUUCCACCGUCAGAAAACGUAUGGAAAAUAAUCAAUACCUAACUCUUAAAGAGUUCGCUAUUGAUGUUCAAAAGAUAUGGGACAAUUGUAAAUUUUACAAUUCGAAUGAUACUUAUUAUUAUAAGUUUGCCGAGGCCUUGGAAAAAUUUUUUUCGGAUAUAAUGUUAGAGAAUGGCAUAAAGCUACCUUGA